GUGGAUCCACCUCCAGAAACACUGAUGCUGAUGAUAAAUACUGCUGUCACCUCGAUCAGAUCACAUUCACUGCUUCAUCAUGGACAUCGAUCUGUGCUCAGCUGCUGAGGGUGAUGAGGUGAAGAAGCAGGAGGGCAACGAGGUGGAGUCUGGAAAAAAGGAUGAAGAUAAAGAUAAAGGUCAAGAAGAUAAAGAUAAAGAGUGCAAGGACAAAGACAAGGACAAAGAUAAUGACAAGGCGAAGAGUGAUUGCAAAGAAAAGAAAAAAGACAAAGAGUGCAAAGACAAAGAUAAGGACAAGUGCAAAGACAAGGAAAAGAAGAAGAAUAAAGAGCACAAAAAGGGGCACGGACACGGACACGGUCACGGACGCGGACGCGGACACAGAUCAUCCUCUUCAUCCGAUGAUGAGAACUAAAGCUGAAGACUGAAGACAUAAGAGUGAC